GCCAAGUGUUCUUCUGGCAUGUAAACAUCCCAAAACAGCAGCCGCUCCUUUCCCCAUCCUGACCCUAGUCCCGGCGACCUGCGCCGUGAGAGCUGACUGCCCCGAGGAACUGAUCCGCGAGACGGGGAGGAGGCCAUGCCGCCAGAAGAAGGAGGAGGCGAGCAUGGCUGCGCGGUGCAGGACCACCCGCCGGCGACCGACCGUCGUGACGAGGACGCUCCGCCCCAUUCUACGCCGCCGCUCCCCGUCGUUGACCCAGUAGCUUCCGAGGAGAAGGAGCAUCAGGACCCGGUGGUGAGACUUCCUGAGGGCCCCCUCGUCGAAAUACUUGCUCGGGUGCCCUACAGGUCGCUCUGCCGCUUCAAGUGCGUGUCCAAGGCAUGGCUUGCCUUCUGCUCCUCCCGGGACAUCCGCAGGAGGUCGCCGCAGACCCUUUCUGGCUUCUUCUACAACGACAGAAGUGGUCUGCAUUUCCGUAAUUUGUCGGGAAGAGGUCAGCCUCUGGUUGACCCUUCUCUCUCUUUCUUGCGUGAGAGCUACACAGACAUUUUCGUCGAGCAAUUCGGCGACGGCCUGCUUCUCUGUAGAUGCUGGAACACAGGAACCAGAAGCGAUUAUCUUGUGUGCAAUCCUGCUACUGAGGAGUGGACUGUGCUGCCUCCUUUACUAUUUCCAGCUCAGGAGUUCGGCCACCUGUUGCACUUCAAACCAAUCACUUACUUAGGCUUCGACGCCUCUGCUCCGUCCCGCUUCGUGGUGUUUGCGCCUCUAACCAAUGGUCUGAAUGAUUCCAGAAAACUGGCGAUCUACUCAUCAGAAACUGGACAGUGGACUUACGUGCCGAGCAAGUGGGUCGCCGGAACUCUUGUGGAUCAUAGUAGGAAAACACGGGUCUUCCUGAAUGGCACUAUGCAUUUGAUCACCCUUCAUAAAACAAUAGUCACGAUUGAUGCGGAGGGGAAAGUUUGGAGAGAGAUUGAAAUGCCAAAUGAAUUGCCGAGCGGCUCUGAUACCGCUUCCAUUGGGCAGUCUCAGGGGCGCUUGUAUGCGUGGCAGAUAGAUAGUCGUAGUAACUGUCAGCUCUACAUUUGGGUUCUUGAGGAUUACGGUACUGGAAAGUGGACCCUGAAGCACAGUGUUGAUAUUUUGGAAUUGUUUGGAAGACAUUAUCGCAAAGAUGAGUAUUGUUAUAAGAUGUUUGCAGUUCACCCAGAUUGUAAUGUGAUUUUUCUCACUGAUGGAAACAAGAUGACAGUGUCGUACAAUUUGGAUAAUCAUAAAGUUGAUGUUAUCUGCACUGAAUCCAUGUAUGGUCUACCUUAUACUCCCUGUUUUUCGGAAUUGCCGUCGGCCACUCAUUAAGAGUCAGUACGGCAUGGCGCAACACCUUUGUAAAAAGUCAGUGGCUACUAUGAGCAUACUCUUCUUCAUAUGUCCUAACUCCUGUGUCUACAGUGCAUAUGACCUAACUCCUGUGUCUACAGUUCGGUAAUCCUAUACGUUGGUGUUCGGGAUCAUUACUUUUGUUGCUUGAACAAUGUUUGUGAGUCAAGACCUUGUACGGGAGAUGCUUAGUUGUACUAGUAAUGAACAGUCAUUUAAUCUAUUUGCUGUCAUGUAGUACUAGUUAUUUUGGCCAGCCGAUAACCCUUGAUGUUUGUAAUAUAAGACACUUACAGUAUAUUAUCUAGGUUGCUCGACUCUCAUUUCAA